AUGUCGGUUGUUAAGAUGAGUUCGAAUCCGGAACCAAUCAAGGAAAUAUGGUAUAUUGAUUGUAAUUCAAUGUUCCAAAAUUAUGCUAAUUUCCGAGGAUUUUCGAGAUCAACGGAUUCCGAUACAACAUUUGGUGGAUUGGUUUUUGGAAGAAAAUCGAGAAAACAGGUGAAUAUCGAAAAUUGGAAAUGAAAAAAUUGAUUUUAAAAGCCUUAAUUUUUUAAUUUUAAAAAAUACUCCAGCAGUUUCAAAAUUUGAAAAUUAGAAAUGCCCAAAUCGAUUUUUAAUCGUGUAAAAAUUCCACAUUUGAAAAAAAAGCAUUUCGCCAUUUUUCAGGUUGUUCAUGUAUUUUUUGCAUACUCGGAAGAUUUGACUGAAUCAAAUCUUACCUUCAUUCAAAGUUCCCUUUCUGCCGAUAUCGAACUUCUUGGAAAUCUUCAAAUUGACGGAGUUUCACCAUUAAUUGGUGAUGGAUUCACACUUCAAUUAACAAUCGGAAUGUUGGAAUCAAGAAAUAUCGAUCAGUUUUUGGAUUUGAAUACAAUGUUCAAUAAUGAGCAUAUUAUGUUGGAAGGAUUGUCGCUUGUUAGUAAAGUUGGUUAUGAAUGGCCUCUUCGAGCUGGCCGUGAAGGAGAAGAUGCUAAAAAUGCUUGUGAGAGAUUAUCAUGUGCAUCUUUUCGUUUCACAUAUCUCAAUGUCGAUAAAAAAGUUGUUAUUCGAGAGCAUAAAGAAAAGGAGAAAAUUGGAAAACAAUUAGAUGAAUAUUCAAAAGGUGCAGUUCCAUAUAAAGAUGCUCUCGAAUUAAUUGGAUUACAAUCAAUAACUCGAGAUACAAGUCAAGAUCCAGAAGAUCAGAAAUUGGUGCCAACUGUGAAAAUCAAUCGAGAUGAUAAGCAUUUUACAAAAUUGAUAAAUAUUACCGAAGUUGUUGCACCGGCUUAUUAUGGAGAGGAUUCAUUUGUGAUUUAUACAAGAAUGAGAGAAGCAUUUAAUCGGAGAAUUCAGAAUAAUAUGAUUGUUUUGGUUAAUGGAAUUCGAAAAGGGGUUAGUGAGCAUUGAAAUAAUGGAUUUGAGAGAUUUUGAAUAUUUUUUUUCUAUAGAGAGGUGUACUUCCAUCAACUUCAGCUACAUUUUUGCCGCCAGGAUGGGCGUCUCUUUUGAAUCUUCAAUUGCCUACGAAAUGGACUGAAAAUGAACAAAGUUGGUUUUUUUUUGAAUUCGUAGAAAAUCAUGAAAUUCAGAAGCAAAGUUACUGUAGAAAAUAUGUUUCUAGACCCAAAUUCUGUACUGAAACUCAUGGAAACCUUGAUUUUUUUUAAAUGCCAAAAAUGAAAUAUUUUUGAGCUUCUAAUUUUCCAGAAGUCUACCGUAUCCGCCUUCAUAAAUUAUUCAACUUGCCACCUUCCAAACCUUGCCUUCGAAUUUCACAAGUUCUUGCCUUACACUCGGAAACUCCUUCCGUCACAAACUCGAAACUUUUGAGAAAUCCACAUAUGAAUAUUUCCAAUUGUAAGUUAUAUCAACUAUCACUAAAUAUUUCAAUUUUAUUUUUUUUCAGAUAAACCAGUUGGUGAAGUUACAACUGUUCGUGGUUCAUAUAAUUAUCAUCAUUAUAUGCAAGAUGGAAUUGAUGAUAAUGGAUGGGGUUGUGCUUAUCGAAGUUUUCAAACAAUUUGGAGUUGGUUUAUAUUAAAUGGAUAUACAGAUAAACCUGUACCAAAUCAUCGACAAAUUCAACAAUGUUUGGUUGAUAUUGGAGAUAAGGAAACGAAAUUUGUUGGUUCUCGACAAUGGAUUGGAAGCACUGAAAUUAGUUUUGUGUUGAAUUCGAUGCUCAAUCUCGAAUGUCGAUUUAUUGCAACAAAUUCGGGAAAUGAAGUUGUUGAAAAAGCGAGAGAACUUGCACGACAUUUUGAAACUGUUGGAACACCGGUUAUGAUUGGUGGAAAUAUGCUGGCACACACUAUUAUUGGCGUGGAUUUUAAUGAGAAUACUGGAGAAACAAAGUGAGUCACUAUAAAAACUACUCUAAUUAAGCCCAGAGAAAAUCGAAGCUUAAAUUUCUCUUUCAUUAAAAUUUGAAAUGCAAAAUUUUUUUAAAAUCUCCUAAUUCUUAAACAAAAAUAGAAUUUUUAAGCCGGAUUCUAUUCUGAAAAUUCAAAACUAUAUUUAUAUAUUUUUCAAAAUCAUUUUUCAGUUCCUAAAAUUUCACAAAAUCCUCAACUUUCCCCUCAAAUUAUCCAUAUUUUUCUCUAGAUUCCUGAUUCUCGAUCCACAUUACACUGGAUCUGAAGAUCUGAAAACGAUAAUAUCGAAAGGAUGGUGUAACUGGAAACCUGCCAAAUUUUGGAGUCCCGAUCAUUUUUAUAACAUGGUUUUGCCGCAAACUCCAUCAGAAGCUAUUUAG